CCAACAUUCAACAACUCGACCGUCCACUCCCCUCACACCCCGCCAACCUCAGCCGCCGUUAUCUCCCUCCUGCCAAUUGGUCUCCCAUGGCUUCUCUCGCUGCGGCAUGUAGGGUGUCGGCACGCGCUGCAUCGCAGCAGCUGCGCAACCAUGGCGCGAGGAGAGCACUGCACGCUGGACAACCCUCGCUGGCUGCUCAGAACUUCAACAUGCCUGCGCUUUCUCCGACGAUGACCGAGGGCAACAUCGCGACCUGGAAGAUCAAGGAAGGCGAUUCGUUCUCCGCCGGCGAUGUCCUCCUCGAAAUCGAAACCGACAAGGCUCAGAUGGACGUUGAAGCGCAGGACGACGGCAUUCUGGCAAAGAUCAUCCACGGCGAUAACUCCAAGCAGGUCCAGGUUGGCACCAGGAUCGCCGUGACCGUAGAGACUGGCGACGACCUCAGCUCGCUCGAAAUCACCGAGGAGGAUGCUGCGCCGAAGAAGGCAGAGGCCCCCAAGGAACAGCCCAAGGAAGAGUCAAAGUCAGUGCCCAAGGAGGAGCGAACCUCGACACCACUCCCACAGAAGUCCGAGAAGAAAGUCUCCAACGGCAAGGCUACCAAGCAGACAUACCCACUCUACCCCUCCGUUGAGCACCUGCUGAAGACCCACGGGCUGUCUAAGGCAGAUGCGGACAAGAUUCCAGCAAGUGGACCGGGUGGAAGGCUACUGAAGGGCGAUGUGUUGGCGUACGUUGGCAAGAUCCAGGAAUCAUACCCCUCAGAGCUGGCAGACCGCUUCAAGAAGCUCUCCCACCUUGACCUUUCGAACAUCAAGGUCAUGCCUAAGAAGGAGGCACCUGCCAAGAAGCCUGCCAUAGCGGCCGAAGCUCCCAAGGUCGUUGAGGAUCUUCCCGUCGAGAUCGCCCUUCCCAUCUCUCUCACUGCUGUCACAGAGUGCCAGAAGCGCGUCAAGGACUCCAUUGGCGUCUUCCUACCUUUGACCACAUUCAUUGCCCGUGCCACAGAGCUAGCAAAUGAGGACCUGCCCAGGUCGAAGACCGCCAAGCCUACCGCCGAUGAGCUGUUCAACGCUGUUCUUGGAUUGGACAAGGUCGCUGGAAAGAACUUCUCGCGCGGUCACUUUGUACCUCAAGUGACCUCGCUUCCUCCCACAACCGUAAGCACGCGACCAUCGAGCUUUAAGAAGCCGGAUGUCCUUGAGAUCCUUGCAGGCAGGAAGACAGUAGCUCGCGGAGCGAAGGCAGUCGGUGGAGCGGAAAGGGUCAUUGGACCCCUGAACGUGUUUAGCGUCAGUGUGCCCAAGGGCGAUGAGAAGAGAGGGCGCGUUUUCCUCGAGCGCGUCAAGGCUGUUUUGGAGGCUGAGCCUGGCAGGCUGGUCGUCUAAUUACCCUUGCACUCGAUUGUAUAGCGUUGUAUCAUACUGCACCUUACUACCAUUUAGACUGGUACGAGCCGAUACAAGGCACGCCUUGAUAUGU